AUGGUUGCUCAGUGGUCUUUACAAAGCUGCAAAGAACCUUUACCUGAAACACCUACUAUUGAGCUGAAGGACUGGACCGAUGGGUAUUGCUGGGCAAGGAAAGAUUUAAGAAUAAAGAUUUUAUCAUCCAACACGGCAUACACUGAAUACUUGAUCCCAAGUAGUAGUAGUAGCCAAGUAAGAGAGGUGUCGUACGGUGAGCAGUGGUUAAACUUUGAACAUUACAAGAUGAAACAUUUUGCUUUCUGGAAAGUCACAGUGCCUAAACACGAAACACAAAAUGUAGAAUGGAGAAAAGGAUCCUGCACGUGCCCACAGUUGCAUAAAAAAUAG